AUGCGUUGCACAGACUCAAAGUUUUGUUACUCGCUUCGUCGCCAACUUGAUCAUGUGAAGUAUCAGCUGGCCAUGAGCACAACCACGGCGGUGGAGGCGGAGGCCACCACAACCACAACCACGACCACGUCGGCGGCGGCGGCGACGCACUUGCUGGGCAGCCACGCGGGCCACUCGCACGCGGAGCACGCCGGGCACGUGCACUGA